CGGAGCCCCGGCUCCAUUCAUCUAGAAACGUCCACUUAUUCAUCUGCUCCACUGUCUCGUGGCUUCAAAUCUGUGGAAAUGUCGAGCGGCGGCUCAACAACACACGUUUAUAAAAAAGCUCGUUUUCUGUUCCCUUUUCCGCUUAUUUCCGUGAUUUGUUUUUGUUUCAUUCACGAGUGCGGUUUUUACCGGUUACUCCUAAAACAAGUCAUGUCGGCUUUAGGGUAUGAAAUUGGCACUUUUAGCCAUAAAAGCUCGGGCUAACGUCAUAUCUGUGCGUUAUGUGUGAAGCUAGUUAGCUUGUUUGGGUUAUACAGGAGUCUAUCGUAACAGUGCUGCCACCUCACCAUCCAACCCCACCUGCCUCUGAGCGGCUGGUUCGAAACCACAGUAGUUUACAAAGUCUAUUGGGAGAAACCCAGUUCUGUGAGGCUCUUAAUGUAAAUGUGGUGGUGUGUGUGAUACCCUCCCACUGAUACUGUCAUUCAAUCACAAACACUCAAGUCAGGCCAUCGCCUCGCCAUUCAAGUGGGUGACCUUACAAAACCUUAAAUCAGCCUUGUUAUGAAACCAGUUUACUGGGUCUUCUCGCCACUGGUGUUGAGUCCCAACACAACAGGCUCCUGUCAUAAAUGUCCACUUCUUGUUGAAAGUGUUUUUAAAAAGGUGUAAAAUCUAAUUAUUUGGUUUUUUAGAGGCUGUACUUGGUGGAGGUGUUGACACAGAACUGUCUUCACUAUCAAUCAAUUCACAAUCAAUUAAUCUAUUUAAUAAUCUAGUGAUUCUCCUGAAUGUGCAUUCUAUCUAUAACGUCAAUAAAUAGGGGGACAGAGGAUACAUGUUUAAAAAGGUCAUUACAGGAGCUUGUUUAAUUCGAUCAUUAGUCCAAAACCUAAAUGUUUAGUCUUGUAUUAAUGACAAAGAAAAGUGUUAAAUCCUAACAUUUGAAUGAAUUAGAAGCAAUAAGUAUCACUCAAAUUUACUGAAAUGAUUAAUUGAUUUAAAAACAGUUUUGUCAGGUGAUGAAUCAAAUAAUCGCCAUGAUUCUAAAGCAAAAUUAGAUUAACAGUGAUACUAUAUCCUUCAAAAUUACCAUAACAAUUGAAUUAGCAUGUCUCUAAAAGGGUUUAAAGAGCGAUUGGACAUUAUUACCAUCAUGAUAUUAGGAUUUAUUGCAGGGCUAAGUGUACCUAAUAAUCUGGCAGCUGUUUAAACAGUUAAGUUUGCAAUCUUUCUGGGGGUUUUUAUCGCGAAAUUCACAACAUUCGGAAAGUUGUCUGAAAACAAGCAAUUGAAUGGUUGAAUCAAUUUCAACAUUCCUUUUGAAAACGCUUUGUUUUUUUAUUAAUGCCCCGCAAUCCAACCCCAGACUGUUUUUCUUUGGCAGUGGUUGUCAUGAUUUAUCUCACUCGCAUAAUAAGUGGGCUCAUUUCAUGCAGUUUGCUGUAACCUAAUACUUGAGAGGGUAACAUGAACCUUGUGUGGUCUCGUUGGCCGCAGCUUGGUCGCAGGACUCAAGCCUUUGUCAGCCACUCAAAGUGAGUGUGCUUGAGGUAACUCCACGUGUACACACCAUAAUAAUCAAGUUAGGGUGAAAUUAGAACCAUAAUACUUGCAUGUAGUUUGCACUUAGCAAUACAAUGUUUAUUCUGUCUAAGUGUAUUCGGCCAUUGUCAUGACUCAUUACAAGUCAUGUAAUUUUCACUUCUAAAAGGAAAGUAUCUCUUCUAAAGAAUUUGACAAGAGCCCUGAAUGGACGGACCCUAACACAGGAGGAAGAUGAACCAACAGCCCUCAUCUCAGUGGGCCUCUGUUUUCACUGGUCUUGUUUACAAAAGGCUUAGCAGAUGGGAGAGUGGGGAUGAGGCCUUUAAUGGAGGAGUCUCAUGACUUAUGUUAUCUCAUGAACUCACUUAGGAGCUAAACCAGGCAGGAGGAUGAUGGUAUUGGCGCCACAGAGGAUCUUCUGAUGACAAAAACAUAUCUGAAUUCUCCACUGCUUGGAUGUCAGUCACAUGAAUGUAUCCACUCUAUACAGAUAUGAUUGAAUUAGCACUUUGGCUAAUUCUAGUAAACUGUGGUGUUAUGUAAAGAAUUCCUGAAGAGAAAUUGAUUGACGGGACUUUUGCAGGAGUUUUACCUGUUUUAUCUUUGCAAUCACAUGGCCAGGAUGUCAAAAAGGGUAAAGUGCGACUUGUAGUAGAGAUCCACUGCACUGAACACCCCAUUGGUCGAGUCCUGCAGCCACUCGCUGUCCGGCUCCCCUUGAUUAGUCAUGCACAAUAACAAGCACACGCUGCAACUAUUGUACCAAACAUGUGACUGACUGUGCUCGAACGUCAUGUUGCAGAGUACUGCUCGGCCUUUUUCCCUGAGCUUUGCUCUUAUCAGGGAAAAACACUGUUGGCAGAAAAUCAGCUGACCCUUAUCAGCCACACACCGCUACCUCAAAGAGGCCAUCCCAUUGGCUGGAGGCUUUGUUUCAUGUUAGAUGGCAGGAGCACAAAUGCAUAUCCUGAAAAGUAUACCCAAGAAAAGGAUGACAAAGUUUAUGACACUGUUGCAUAAACUCCGUUGGCGUGAGAUAGAGUAUCAGUGUUUAUGCCUGGGAAGGUAUAUUCAUAGGUGAUAAGGUGGGCUACAUUUGAGAUUGGAUUCAGGAUGGCAGUGAGGCAUUAUUGUCGUAGUCUUAGAGAGGAAAACACUGGUUCCAGUGGAGUAUCCUGAUGUGGGUAAACUAGGAGCUGGUGAUGAAGAGGUCGAGAUCAUGGGGGGGUAGGGAGCUGCUGGGAAGCAACACAGAGGACAACACAGACAACAGUGAGCAGGACGAGUCCUUGUCUCUGAGGUCGUCUUGGUCCCUGGCGUACACUAUGAACUACGUGGGCCAGCUGGCAGGUCAGGUGCUUGUGACCGUCAAAGAGCUGUAUAAGGGCAUUAAUCAGGCCACAUUAUCGGGCUGCAUCGAUGUUGUGGUUGUCCGCCAGAGAGAUGGCACGUACCAGUGCUCACCCUUUCAUGUGCGCUUCGGCAAGCUGGGCGUACUUCGCUCCAAAGAGAAAGUUAUUGACAUUGAAGUGAAUGGAGAGCCCGUAGACCUGCACAUGAAGCUUGGUGACAAUGGAGAGGCCUUUUUCGUCCAGGAAACAGAGCAGCUGGAUCAGAUUGUCCCAGCCCACCUGGCCACCUCCCCAAUCCCCACUGAGAGUCACCUGUUCUGGAUGUCGGAGGUGGAGCACAGGGCACCGAAAGAUCUAGAGGAUGACCCGGCUGACCCCGAGUACCCCUCGGAGCCUCCUGCUCCCAGCACCGUGGGCACUAAAAAGAAGAAGAGGCGGAGGAAGAAGCAUAAGGGAGACCCCCGACGAGAGGAGCUGACCCCACCCAUGUCAGUCACUACUGGCAACACUAUUGCUGUAAACGCACCUGCUGCUACAACUGCUGCUAUGUCUAGCUCUGUGCAAAAUGAAGAGAUCUUUGAGAUGGACCUGAGCUCUGACGAAGAGGCUGCAGCACACGUUUCUAGGUCCCCUUCAGUAACCACAAUGCGGGACAUUGACCCAAAACUACCUGCAGCCAGACACAGCCUUGAUAGCUAUUCAAUGUCUGAUGGGGACUGGCGGUCAGAUGACAGAAAUGCUUUGUCACAGGCCUUUUCCCCAAAGAGUGACUCUGAACUGGUGGUCAGGCCUUCAGAGAGUUUGCUCAGAGCUGAGUCCCACAUGCAGUGGACCUGGGGAGAGUUUCCAGAAACAACCCGGAUCCCCAAGAAAGAGAGACCAGAACCACUAAAAAGAGUGACCAUCACCCCGUCGGAGAGUACCCACUUCCGAGUCAUCCUCAGCUCCGAGGCUAUGGAGGAUGAAACAGAGAUCGAAAAGGAAGAUGGUGCCUCCUCAGUGUGUACCAUUGUCAAGCCAGAGCCACGCACCCCUGUCACCACAGUAACGGCAGUUGAUACUUUCGCAUCUGUCAGCACCGUAACCUCUCUGAGUUCUGUAACCCCCACUGAGCCCCUGGAUGUUCUGACAACUUCCACGCCAUCCAACAGCCAACAGAGUGAUUCACCCUCAAAGAAGAAAGGUGUCCCAAAGAGGAGCCAGCAUCAGGGUCCUGAGGAUAUCUACCUAGAUGACCUGAAUGUACUUGAGCCUGAUGUUGCUGCAAGAUAUUUUCCUAAGAGUGAGGCUGAGGCAGCCACUAAGCACUGGAUGGACUCGGAGAUGCUCUCUGGUUCUCCGUCUCCUCAGUCGGUGGGUAGUGCUGCAGCUGACAGUGGGACAGAGUGUCUGUCUGACUCAGCAAGUGACCUCCCGGACGUCACCCUUUCUCUGUGUGGAGGCCUCACAGAAAAUGCUGAAAUAUCCAAAGAAAGGUUCAUGGAGCAUAUCAUCACCUAUCAAGAAUUUGCAGAAAAUCCAGCAAUUAUAGAUAACCCCAACUUGGUAGUAAAGAUAGGAAAUAGAUAUUAUAACUGGACGCUUGCUGCCCCCUUGAUUCUAAGUCUACAAGCAUUUCAGAAGAAUUUACCAAAGGCUACAGAGGAGGCCUGGGUGAAGGAGAAAAUGCCAAAGAAGGCAGGCCGCUGGUGGUUCUGGCGAAAGAGGGCGGACAGUGCAAUCAAGCAGUCAGAAACCAAGAUGGAAACCAAGGAGGAGUCUCAUUCGGGGGAGGAAGGCCCCUCUGUAUCGCAGGAGAAGCUGGCCUCACCACCUAAAGCAGGAGACUCAUCCAGCGACGAAGAGUCCAAGGAGGUGAGUGCUGCAUCCUGUCAAGAACGACUGCAGCCGGUAGAUGUUCCGCACCACCCUACCCCCCACACAUACAGGAAGUCACUACGCCUCUCUUCUGAUCAGAUAGCCAGUCUGAAACUGAAGGAGGGACCCAAUGAUGUUACUUUUAGCAUCACCACUCAGUACCAGGGUACGUGCCGCUGCGAGGGGACCAUCUACAUGUGGAACUGGGACGACAGAGUCAUUAUCUCUGACAUAGAUGGCACCAUCACCAAGUCAGAUGUGUUUGGACAGAUCCUGCCACAGCUGGGGAAGGACUGGACUCACCAAGGCAUCGCCAAGCUCUACCACUCAGUGGCUGAGAACGGCUACAAGUUCUUGUACUGCUCAGCUCGAGCUAUUGGCAUGGCAGACAUGACGAGAGGCUACUUGCAGUGGGUCAAUGAUGGAGGCACCAUCCUGCCCAGAGGACCUCUGAUGCUGUCUCCCAGCAGCCUCUUCUCUGCCUUCCACAGGGAGGUUAUCGAGAAGAAGCCAGAGAUCUUCAAGAUUGAAUGCCUUACAGACAUCAAGAACCUGUUCCAGCAUAACAAGCAGCCAUUCUACGCUGCCUUUGGGAAUAGAACUAAUGAUGUGUUUGCCUAUAAGGAGGUGGGAGUUCCUGUGUGUCGGAUCUUCACAGUUAACCCUAAGGGAGAGUUGAUCCAGGAGCAGACCAAGGGCAACAAGUCUUCCUACGGCCGGCUGAGUGAGCUGGUGGAGCACGUGUUCCCUCUGUUGAGCAAAGAGCAGAACGAGGCCUUUCUCAUGCCAGAGUUCAGCUCUUUCUGUUACUGGAGACAGCCCAUACCAGACAUCAACCCGGAUGAACUGCUCUGAUCCAGCACAUGUGGAUACCAAGGUAUACAUAUACAUGACUGUGCACUUAGACGCAUCUCCAGGAAAACCCGUGGACUGGAACCUCGACUUCUCUCCAUGGUUCUCAAACACAUGAACUGUACAGUGAGUGUGACACAGGAGCAGAGCUGUGAACAUACACUCAGAGAAACUGGUGAACUUUAAUUAACCCAUCAGUGAUAAGUGGAAGUUAUAUUCAGAACAAAUUCUGUUUAACAGUCACUGAAAAUAUCUCAUCCCUGGGAGACAAGACUCUAAUUGCGAACUAAAUUAUUAUUAUUAUUUCCUCAUGCCUGUGAAGGCAGCCUAACGCGGCAAGCACUCUUUAGUCCUCAUCGCUGUACAGGGACACAGAUCUGAGAUAAAUCUCUUCUUUCUAACUUCUAGCAGAGGAUGAUCUGCUCUUCUGGGGAGCAGCAGGAGCCCCACACGAGGCAUUAGCCUCAAGCACUUGAGUCUGAGCUGCACGGAAGGAAAACGUUUUCUCAUGUUUCCCAUUUUCUGAACUCCCCGAGGAAUUGAAGUGAAUCAUUCAAAGCAGAAAAAGACGUAUUGUUAAUUAAAACAGGAAAGAAAAUUAUCAUAGGACGCAAGUCAUGUGCUGGUAAUACUUUUGCCCUGGGUGCUAUGUAUGUCUCGACGCAAGGUUCAGCCUUUGUUUGGAGGAUUUAAUUUCAGUUUUCUAAAAGAAAAUUGAAGUGAAAUAGCGAUAUUGGCCGGAAAAUAACUCUGAACCAUUUAAACUCUGUAGAAACAGUAGGAGAGCUACCACAGGUGCUCAGUUUUGUUCCUCACGCCCUCGACCCUGGACAGACUGGAGUUAUCAGCCCACUGCUGGUUUCAGAAGACCACUUUCCCCUGGAGAGGAUUCAACCUUCAACCUUCAACCUAUGUUUAUAUUCCAGGUCGUGACUGGGAUUUACUUUUGCCAACAAGUAUGUGAAGAAGUGCUGUUAAAGAAAAGAAAAUGACGCAGCUUCAUGACUUUGCUGUUAUUUUAAUGUUCUGUUUAUUCAAGCUCUGGCAAAUCAGUAUGUUUUCUUAACAAUGCAGUCAUUAUUUAUGAUAAUUGAUAUGUUUAAGUUAUUGACUUCUAUCGUGAUGCCUUUUUGUUUGUCUGAAGAAGGCUUCUCAAAUGCAAUGUGGAAAUAUUUCAAAUUGUAUUUUGUAUGUUUGGUCACAGGUUAACAUGCACUUAACAGUAUCUGCUACGCCUUGCACGAACUUAAAUUUUUUUUUGUCUUGUAUCCCAUUUUCUCAAUGAUUCCUUGAUUUACAGUGAAACUUUCAACAUUUAAUCCACACACACAUUCCUCAGCAAACCCUCAGAAUCCGCAGCUUUAGUUAUGAGAAUAUGUGAGUACAUGUAAAACAUGUGGAGAUGUAAGAAGAGCUUCAACUGAAGGGUGUCCGUUUGCGAUUUUGCCUGAAGGAUGACGUGUGUGCGUGUGUGCGUGUGUGUGUGUGUGUGUAUGCGUGUGUGUGUAUGCGUGUGCGUGCACCUAAGUCACUGAGUGCUGCUGCUGCUGGUUGACGGUAUCACUCGCCCUUUUGUUCCCUCAGUGGCUUUACCGAGACGUAUCCGACGCACUUUGUCUAAGCUUCACCCAGAGACACAGAUUCACAACUCAGCACACGUCUCACCCACAUCCGCUCCUCGUCGUCACAGACCACAGUCGGCAAUUAAUGCAGGAUGAGGAGUUGGAGUUUUACCUCUUUGUUAUGCGAGUCACAGUCGAACACCACAGACAAAUCAGCUGCUCUGAAAGAUGUUAGUGUGAGUUAUUGACGACGGGUGGUUAGUAUUUGUUGGUCGCAGGGCAACAUGUCGGAGUUGGAGGAGAAAACAGUUGUGGUGCGGAACAGACAUGAAAGUAGUAUCACAGCCACCCCUGUGUGUGUGUGUGUGUGUGUGUGUGUGUGUGUGUGUGUGUGUGUGUGUGUGUGUGUGUGUGUGUGUGUGUGUGUGUGUGUGUGUGUGUGUGUGUGUGUGUGUGUGUGUGUGUGUGUGUGUGUGUGUGUGUGUGUGUGUGUGAGAGUGCACAGAAAAAAAGACUGAUGCUUUGCCUCUGGUCAUCAGAGGAAGAGCCAUUGGGUCAUGUUUGGAGAUAAACAGGAAAUACUUGACUGUGCACAGGAAGCUUUUUGAAGUGCUUCACUGUUGUGUGUGUGUGGAUGUUUUGGGAAAACAAUUGUGGGCAGAUGUGCCGCCCUGCUGACGUGGAUCUGACCAGUGUGAUGAUGAUAAUGAUGAUGAUGAUAAUAAUGAUGAUGAUGAGGAUUAAAAAUCGUAAAGCAGCAGGAGCAAGGGAGAAGAAAAGCACAACAGACAAGUUCUCUCCCAUCGAGUUUUCAUUUAGAUUUUAGUCGUCCUAAUUUGACUGAAGUGUUUCCGAGUUCACUCUCUACCACCGGUGUGUCUGUGCGUGUUUUUUCCUUUUGAGACGUCUGCUUGUUCUCCACGAAGUUUGGUGAAGUCAGAUAAAUAUUAUAAUGAACUAAAUGAAUUCCAUUCUUUCUAUGAAAGUAAAGCAUCUUGUGUGGAAGAAUCACACUUCAUCCCCUAUGACCCCGGGACACGUGGUAAAUAUUGUUCUCACUGCUCGACUGCUGUGGAAAACACGUUCCAGUAUAUUUACUGAUCAUCACGUUCUUCUGUCUCCGAUGCCUUUGUUAUUUUAUCGUUUCUUUUAAAGCGUGUGAUCUGUUUGCUUCGUUCGGUUUGGAGGUUAACGCUCGUUUAUUUUAAUGUGUCUGACCAACAGAGAUACCUUAAGUGUAUUUGCUGUGUUUGAUUUGUAUAGAGAUGUGGUUGAAAAUAUGUUUAAAAAAAGAGAAGGAAAAGUAAUACAGGCCUGUGGAAGCUAACAAAGUGUGGCUUGUGGUCACAUUUGUAUUAAAUAAAGUUUCUAACUGAA